AUGUCAAGAAGACAAUUUCAACGUACUAUGCUAUCUAUAAAUAUUAAACCAGCUAAUCCACUCGAAAAGGACUCGGGUUGUAUCAGCAUGGAAGUAACAACAAAACCAGAGGAGGAAUUCUCAAAUAACUUCACUCCAGUAACAACAUUGUCUGAAGAUACUACAGAAAUGACCGUAUGUUCAGAUAUUAGCCUUUCAAAAACUAACUCAACUAGUACUACAGUAGUACAUACUACUGCUGAAUGUGUUGUAGAUAAUUUUGCAAGUGACAAUUAUGUUAAUGAUUGUGAUCAAAUUUCAUUAGAAAAUAAAUUGCAAAAGUUAAUUUCUAAAUACCAUGUAUCACAUAACUUUGUAAAUGAGCUUUUAGUAAUUUUAAGAUCAGAAGGUCUUAAAUUACCCAAAGAUUCGAGAACCUUAUUAAAAACUCCUAAAAAACAUGAAAUUAUUAGUAUAGAACCAGGAUCGUAUAUUCAUAUAGGUAUUGAGUUCAUGAUCACACCAAUCUUAACUAAAUACUUUGAUAAAAUUAAACAUACUUCUAUAAUUAAAUUAAGUUUGAAUAUUGAUGGUCUUCCUACAACAAAAAGUUCAAAAUCCAAUUUUUGGCCUAUAUUAAUUUCAUUUAUUGAUAUUCAUGAAUUAUCUAAAAUAGUUGUACCUGUUGGAAUUUACCAUGGUAAAUUCAAAAAACCAAAUUCAAUAUCUGAUUUUUUAAAUCCAUUCAUUUCUGAAAUGGAAUUAUUAUUAGUCAAUGGCUUGUCUAUCAAUAACAAAACUUUUUUUUUAAAUAUUAGCCAGGUAAUUUGUGAUGCCCCAGCAAAGGCUUUUAUUUUGAAUGUAAAAGGACACAAUGCCUACCAUAGCUGUAAUUCAUGUAUUGUCGAAGGUGUUUUUCUAAAUAAUCGAAUGGCUUUUCCUGACUUAAAUUCUUCUUUACGGACAAAUAUUUCAUUUCGUAAUCAACACGAUGAAGACUAUCAUAAAGGUUUUUGUCCACUAACCAAAUUUAAUACAAAUAUAGUAGACAACGUGGUAUUAGAAUAUAUGCACAAUAUAUGUUUGGGCGUUGUUAAAAGAUUAUUGUUAUUUUGGAAAAAAGGCAAAAAACUAGUUCGAUUUUUGAAUGAUGAUAUUUCUAAUGAAGUUUCUUCAGAGCUUAUUUGUCUUAAAGCAUUUUUCCCCAAAGAAUUUAGUCGUUCCCCUCGGUCUUUAGAAGAACUAGAGUAUUGGAAAGCGACAGAGUUUAGAUCUUUUUUGUUAUACUCUGGCCCUAUUGUACUGAAGGGCAGAUUAAAAAAUCGCUCUACAAACACUUUAUGUUAUUACAUUGCGCCAUUAGACUCCUGUUAUCUGGUGAUACAUGUAUGGUUUACAAUGAUGUUGCCAAUGAUUUAUUGA